AUGAUCGGCGACUUAGCACAUCCGGGGAACUCGAAUCGAGCGCUACUCAAACUGUUCGGACUUUCAAAGGAAGAGCAAUCGCCCGCUGAUACACUUCACCUGGGCCGCCGCUAUAUCCUGGCCGGCUAUCUGGUGAGUGAAACUUCAAAUGCCGUGCGCCUGGUCGAGGACUAUGCGUAUAGAUGUCGCUUUGUGAACGGUGUUCUCUACUGGAGAAACCUGGAGAUGUCGACUCUUGUCUCGCAGUUGUGCACCAGUGCUGAUGUGCACUACCAGUCCUUCAAGGACGGCCAGCUCAUGGCGAACAGGUACUAUAGGAAGAGCGCAGCCUUGCACGAGAGCCUUCUGACCGACCCAUCCUUAGCCGAAGAGAACGAUCUCAACAGCGGUAAAAGCAUGGAUGACUUCGAAGUUGACCUAGAUUUGACCGACACGGCCAAUGGCCCCUCCGUCUCUGAUGCCGAGCUUCGCCUCGGUGGCUGGUCCAAGGAUUACAGUGAAUAUGAGAAGCUGGACGCCGAUUUGUUCCUACGGUUCGGAAACGAGUUGAAGGAUUUCGAGAGUGUUGAUAAAUGGAAUUUGAACGACUUUGGCGGGGGCAAGGCGUCCAGCAACGAGAGCAUGCUGGAACUGGGGUUCAAGUCUUAG